GCGUGAGGUGUUCUUCCCCCUUCCCCACGAUUUAUGAAUUGAGAUUGAGGAAGAUCUGGAAAGCCUCACUGAGGCCAGACGUGGGCCAAGCAGCGCGUUCGUGCCUUUGCGAUUCCCUCAAUUGCGCAGAACUUGCUGGAGGCCAACUGCGCAAGCCAACGAUUGAAAUGGUAUCCUCAGGUUCCCUAUAUGUAUGGAAGCUUUUCCGUGCCGAGGAUAUGAGGUAUCUCGUAGAUACUAUCGCGAACAUUCAUCUUCCUACAGCUGUAGUCGUGCAUUGCAAUCUGCAAGAAAUCAGUCACUCCAAACACCAAUAAUCUCUUACCCCUUUUCUUCCCCACGAUGUCUCAACGAUCCGCACCGUCAGGCACCAUCACAUCAAAUGGCGGGUAAGCUUUUGCCUCUUUGCCUCUCUGGCCCUGAUCAGUUGGUCGCAGAAGGAAUAUCAAUGCUGACAGGUAGUGGGGUCGGUGUGUUCAGAGCAGCUGCCUAUUGCACGGCGUCAGCGCCUCAGAUGGACAGGUAUCUUCGAAGCCCGAUGGAGCUGCCAGAGAGACUUGUCUCUAUUGGGAACGGCACCUCGUCAACGCGGACGAGUUCGAGCAGUCGCCAGCAGACACAGCGCUCCUUGACAGCGUGGGAUGCGAGAUGGACGCAGGCUGGCCAAUCGUCGUGAAUGACACACCCCUAGCUUGCAUGACGUUGGAAGUCAGCAUUUCGCGCGAGACGUAGAUAAGGAACCAACACGGCCACCACAGGAGCGAAGACGUUUGAAAAGGUCGAAUGGUGUGAAGUGCUAACGAAGCCAAUGUUGCGAUUGUUUGUGCACAAGUCGAGAAAAAGUUGGAGUCGCGAUGGAUGUAAAAAGGAGACAAGAGACAAGAGAUAAGAAGAGAGAAGACAAGAUCACGCAAACGGAGAGAGAGAGAGAGAGAGAGUUGUGUCAAAGGAAGCUGUCUAGAUCUAGACGCCGAGGGG